AUAAAUCAAAGAGACACAUGGACAUCAAAUUUUGUGUAAUCACUAAGUGCAGCUGUUGAAAUUAUCAUAAAAAUGGAGAAACGUGUAGAACCACUUGUGGAAAAUACUGAAAUAUCGCAAAUAUUUGGAAUAGUAGUAGCUGUUUUUGCUGUUAUCAUAACUUUAGUAAUUUUUAUCUUUUGGCAAAGACGAAGAUCUGUUGGCCGUAGUGUUCUUCUUACAGGGCUCAGUGAUGCCGGUAAAACUUUGCUCUACGCUAGGCUCAUUCAUUCCAAGUUUGUAGAAACAUACUUGUCGUCAAAGGAAAAUGUUGGUGACAUCACAAUUAAAGAUCAAAAUCUUCAAAUUAUUGACAUUCCUGGUCAUGAGAGAUUAAGAAAUAAAUUUUUUGACAAAUAUAAAUCAUCUGCUCGAGGAUUAAUAUUUGUUAUUGAUUCUGUAACUGUUCAAAAAGACAUCCGAGAUGUUGCUGAAUAUUUAUAUACUCUUCUCUCUGAUUCAAGCAUUGAAUCUAAACUUCCUAUAUUAAUACUCUGUAAUAAACAAGAUCAAACAAUGGCUAAAACCAGUAAAGCAAUAAAAGCUAUGCUAGAAAAAGAAAUCAAUCUCGUUCGAGUUACAAAGUUAAAACAACUUGUCGAUACAGACGCAUCUGUGGAAACUACAUACCUUGGAGCAGGAGAGAAAAAUUUUGAAUUUUCUCAUUUGAAUAACCAAGUUGAUUUCGCUGAAUGCAGCUUACAUUGUAAAGAAUCAGAAUCUGAAGUGAAUAUUGAACAAUUAAAUAAUUGGCUUCAUAAAAUUGUUUGAAAUGCAUUGUAAAAAAUUCAUUAUUUUGUAAAUUUAUUUUCUACUCAUUGAACUAAUAAAGAAAGUUUUAAUGUUUA